AUGCCUUCCUCGGAUAUCUUGACCGAAACCCUUCAUGUCGUGACUGGCAUCAAGAUACCCGAGCUUAGGAAGCAAAAACAAGCAUACGAGAGCGCCAAGCAGUCGUUGCUAGAAACGGUCCAGAACGAGGCAGAUAGCAGGAAGCGAGUCGAGUUGCUGCUCUCCGGAUCCGACCAGCUUCCUGGCAUAAAACGCUUAAGGAGCCAUCCCCUCUUCAACAUCAAUCAUCUAGGGUUUUUUGUCGAGCAGGCAAGGUUUGAUCCCUCCAUUUCAGAGCAGGUCUUGGCCGAUUACGAAAAAACCAUCCGGAACCAGCUCGAUACCCAGACGGCAAAGUACGAGUUCACUGAGCUUUACGGGGAGUUGGUGAAGGAGUGGACAUCCUCCAACAAUGCAAAUGGGUCAGACUCUGAGAGCGGGUUCGUUGCUCUCGGCCAUGAGGAUAUGCAGCAGCAGCGCGCCACCUGGGAAGAGUAUGUAUUCCACGCCAAGGGAACAGACACCACCGCAAUAAAGGCGUAUCUUGACGAACUUUUUGCCAAUAAUCCUUCCAAAGAGGUGGUGAGUGCGUUUGAGGGACUCCGGAACCAGAUCAAGGAGUUCCAAACGAGCUGGGACAGGACAUCGCACUUCGACAAGGACGUCAUCAGCGGAUGCAUUCAAAAUAUCCUGGAUAGCCACAUCAUCUCGGACUCUAAACGGUCAGCGCUUAGUGGCUUCCUAGAGAAUAAGAUUGUGCUCAUUGAGAUAGCGGACGCCAUGAAUAUGCGAAUGGCCGCACGCAAUUCAUUCACGCUGGACGGCCCGACGGUCUUUGAGCAGCGGCGGCAGCUCAACGGCCAGUGCCGUUUCUAUCCUGACGAGGACCUCCUGCAGAUGAUUUUCCUCCAGUACAUCGGGGCGAAAUGGGCGAUUGAACUGAAACGAGCUCUUGCCGAGUUCACAUCCGCCGAUGGUGUUUUGAAGUCUCCGUCACAGAAACUCAGCAAACAGGCUCUCCGACGCCGCCAGUUCUUCUUGGGCAACGAUUCUGCGCUUCCAGGUGGUAGCGUCGAGGACCAUAACGACGACACUUGGAGACUUGAGAUCUUUCUCGAUCAGCUUCCGAACGCGACUGAUAUGAUACCCGGUGUUGUUGACAAAGAAGACAUGCCCGAAUAUGGCUAUGCGGAGGCGCAUCGCCCCCGGAAUACUCACAUUGCUAAGGAACUUCUCCAUCGCAUCCAGGCUCAUCUAAUCGUACGGAGGAAAGUGAAGAUGGACACAACGGUGAUUCGAUCUGAUUUCAAGUGGUUCGGCCCCUCGCUUCCUCACAGCUCGAUCUUUACCGUCCUAAGAUAUUUCGGUGUUCAAGAGGAAUGGCUUGACCUGUUCAGAAAGGUCUUAGAGGCUUCAAUCACUUUCAAGGAUGAUGCGCCAGGUUCAGUCCCCCGCGCCCGGAAGCGUGGUACUCCCAUUGGCACCCGCCUAGCGACGUUCUUUGGUGAAGCCGUUCUCUUUUGUGUGGAUUUCGCCGUGAACCAGAAAACCGAUGGUGCUCAGCUCUGGCGUCUGCAGGAUGAGUUCUGGCUCUGGGGCGACACUGAAGUUUGCUCCAAGGGCUGGGACACCCUCACGGAAUUUUCUCGUGUUAUGGGCUUGGAGUUUGACGAGGAGAAAACGGGAUCAUGCCAGAUCCCAGCAGAUGGAUCCGCUGAGCAAGAUGCCGCCAUUCACAAUCUUCCCAGCGGCGACGUGGUUUGGGGUCUUAUCAAACUGGAUGCUGCUUCUGGAGAGUUCGUGGUUAACCAAGAAAAGGUGGACGUGUACGUUGAGGAACUCAACCUCCGACUCAAAGCGAGCAACAGCAUCUUCGAUUUUGUCCUGGCCUGGAACCUCUACGGCUGCCGCUUCUUCCUGAAAAACUGCCCCGAUAUUGACGUGAGCACUACACGCCAGCAGCUUCAUGAAAUGCUCGAAACCCUUCGGCGCAUCCAGUCCCGAGUAUUCCGAUCUUCCAACGGGAGCGUCGAGCAACACUUGAAGCAGAUGAUCCGGGAUCGGUUUGGGGUGUCGGACAUCCCCGAUGGCUUCCUCUACUAUCCGACAGUGCUGGGUGGGUUGGGGCUAGAAAACCCUUUUAUUUAUCUCAACCUGUUUGUCAACUCUGCGGCCAAGAGCUCCGAGAAAUUCAUGCAAAGCUUUUUCGAGGACGAGGAGAAGGAAUAUCGUUCGAGAAAGCAGCUUUUCGAGGAACUAGGCACUAGCAACGAGAGUUCCGGCCAGACCGUCGGUUCAGACGUUUCGGGAGCCGACCCUGAGAAGAACCAGAGUGGCCGCGCCGCUCAAGGCUUCCCGGAACCGACUGGAGAGUGGGCCGACCUCCGGGACGAGCCGUUCAUGAGUUUCGAAGAGUUUAUCCAGCACCGGGAGCUGACAAGCUUGCAUCUAGGGAUGGAAUAUUCGUGGCUGUUUUCGUUGUACCCAGAGCCCGAGAUUGCGAUAGUGAGCGAGCGUAACCUGCGCCUAGAGUAUAGUGCAGCGGCUAGAAAUUAUACAGGCUGGAAUAACUACGAGAAAUGGGUCAUUCAGCUAUAUGCGAAGGAGAUGGAGGCGCGUUUUGGAGGUCUCUACGCGAUUAAAAGGGGAUUAUUGCCAGCUGGUCUGAUAAAAAUGCUGCUCCAGAGCCGGCUCACGUGGAAGGAUUAG